CUGUGAGAUCGAGAGGAGCUAUAGUUCGGAACGCGAGUUGAUCUCUUACAAGGAAUUUUUCUGUGACACGCUGGAGAUUUUAGCGGACAUGAGACUGUGAACUUUUUUUUUGAAAACAACAUUAGGUCCACACACAACCUCCAAUGCUGAAGUAUCUCGUUAGCGUGUGUUGACACCCUCGCCUUUACCACUCAAGAUGUCUUCAUUCCCACACACACGCUCACGAUUCUGCUGGGCGGCCCUGCUGACAGUGUCCUGCUGCUUGGUGUCAGGUGUCAGCGGGCAGUUCAGCCUGGUCUCGUCAGCCUUGUCCCCCCUGAGGCCGCGGGCCAGCAUGCUCACCUCCACCAGUGUCCUGGGGAAGCUCGGCGACCGGCCUCUCCUGCCGCGGCGGAGCGCGUCCACGCGGGAGAGCGAGAUCGCGGCCGUCUUUAGGGGCGUUGCGUACGGCGCCCCCACGCAGGACCCCAACUCCACCGCCUCCGGCAUCCUCUCCAUGUCCUCCUCCGCCCCCACCACCACCACGGCAGCCCCCACCACCACCACCUAUACUACCACGACGACCACCACGGCGCCCCCCACCACCACCAAGGGCUACCGCAACCCCUUCAGGGUGGAGGCCGAGAGGCGGAAGUCUGAGGACGAGAGCAUCGAGUUCGUGCCCACGCAGGGGAGUACCCGGGCCGCCGCCACCGCCGCGCCGGGCAACGCCGCCGCCAGGGACAGCGAGACGGUCUCGUACGUGCUGCACGAGGACACGGCCUUCGGCAACGGCGGCUCGCUGGAGGAGACGGUGGAGGACACGUUCGUGCUCACGAGGGAGGAGGAGGUCGUGCUGCCGACGGGGACGCAGGGGAGGGACCCCAGCGGCAAGAGCACCGUCAUGAUGUACCCCAUGUCGGGCGUGCGGUGGUCCCUGGGCGCCGCGUGGUGGGUGCAUGUGUACGUGUCAGCUGGCAUCUUCGCCCUCGUCGCCGCCGCCUCCCUCUGCUGCAUGGCCAGGCUCUCCGCCGCAACGCACCUGCUCCCGCGCUCGCACUACCUCGUCAUCCACACGCUGGUCUUCCUGGCGGCCAUCUUGCGCUGCCUGCACCUGUUCCACGACCCCUACGGCAUCGAGCAGCGCCUUCCGGAGGCGGUGUCCGCCGCAGUGGAGGAGGCCAGCUGGCCUAGUCUCACGGGGUCCCUGGCCAUCCUUGUGCUGGCCCUCUUCCGCUCCGGCAGGUGCUCGCGCCUCUUCCCCCGUUGCUCCCACGCCCCCCUGACCCUGGCCCUGCUCACCGCCGCCCACCUGGCCCUCUCCCUGGCUGCGCAUCUCGCCGCUCACAUGCUCGACCACAGCGCCUUCCCCCUGAGGGUGGUGGCGAGAGCCGUCACUGCCACGUGGGGCGGCGCCGUGGGUGCGGGCGGCCUGUGGGCGGUGUGGAGGGUGGAGUGCACCACGGGGCGCCGCAACGGCCAGCUCCUGGGCAGGUUCAAUCGCGCUCCUCAGGAGGGCAUGGCGGCCUCCGGGCACUCGCGCCCCGUGCUCAACCGCGCUGCGCUCCUCACCCUGGCCGCCAGCUUCGCCCAGAUCAUGCUUGCCGUACUGCACCUGUACGUCAUGCUGGCACCCCUGUCGCCCACCAACCACGUGUGGGCGUGGUGGGGAAGGGUCAGCCUCGCCCGUGGAUUCGAGCUGGUCGUGGGCGUGGCCGUCGUUGCAGCAACCAUCUUCUUGACAUACGGGCGGCAGUCACACCCCAACCAGGACAACACCAUCUUUUCCGUGCUGACCAGCUGCGGGCGCGAGGGCAAGAGCCUGAAGGGCGGCCGCAACGCCAACGUGUUCCCCGCCCAGACCGAGAAGCGCCAGAUCCUCGGCAGCUUCACCCUACACCCCGGGAAGGCCGUCAUUGACGACACCCUGUCCAUCAAGCGCGUGCCCCUGGAAUGGACGUGCACGACCCCCCGCGGGCCCCCCCCGGCCACCGCCGUCAACAACAAGACGACCGCCAUGGACUCCGUGACCUCCGACUUCCAGCUCCUGUGGAACCGCGACCGCAGUCAGUCCUCGGCGAGCUUCCGCCCUUCCUCUAUGCUGGUCAACGACAGCGGCUUCGUCCGCUUCCGCACACAGGUCGACCCCGAGCAGGCCAUGGACGACGUGUACAACCAGUCGUCCCUCAACGUGCACCGGCUCACGUCUCCCCCCUCGUACUCAAACAUGCACUCCUACAACACUCAGACGCUCCCCAACAGCAGGUAUUACUGCACGCCCACCGUCACCAUGUCGUCGCCCGAGCACGGCCCCAACCUGCACCCUCUGCGCGCCCAGACCGUGCGCGCCCCCAAGGCCAAGCGCGCCCACCUCCUGCGGGGGCGUGCCAAGACCCCCGAGUUCCCCAAGACCCCAAGGACCCCCGUAUCUUCGGCCAGCAGGUACGACGUCCGGGGCAUGGAGGAGUUCGAGGUGGCGUCCUACUACAACAACUCCAUCGUCUCCUCCGGGAGCAAUAUGUACUCGACGCCCCACGCCGUGUCCCCCCGCGACCAGCUGCUGAGGGUCAACUCACGCCGCGACCAGCUGGCCGGAGUGCACGCAGGUCACCACCACCUGUACGAGGACGCCCACGAGUGCAAGCCGCCCGCAGCCGACGCCCUCAGUGGCGUCAUGGAACCCAGCACUUGCUCAUCCCUCUCGGAGAUCCACGUGGACUACCUGACUGACGUCUCGUCCUCGAACGACGGCGUGAACCAGGGCUCCCUCUCCACCGCCACCCGCUCUUUCCGGAACCAGACGACGCUUACUCUACCUCUGACAUCUCACGCCCAUUUCGCGCACGCCCUCCCCGCCCACUCCACCCCUGCGCGGCCCUCCCAGGCGGCCCCCCAGCCCGACAUCACCCCCGACUCGGCCAUCAUUCUCGACUACUCCACUUCGGCCGAGACCGAAGAGGAGGCGGACCGAGAGGGCAAGAACAAGUCCCUCGACCUCCUGAAGCUCAGCACGACCUCGCUCAACGACGUGCUCAAGGGCCAGGCGCGAGCAGGCCUCCUCAGCAAGCUGGUCGGAAGCAGCAUGAGCGUGAGCUGCUACGGCUACUCCCCGCUCGACGUCGAGGACACAUCCUCCCCGUCGCAGGAGGACCCUUCGGCGCCGGUCCGAGUGCGCCGCGUGGCCUCCUCCAGCGACGUCGGCGAGUCUGGCGAAGGCCCGAGGGCGAUCUCGACGCUCCCUGCGUGUCGUCCUCCAAACACUGUCACCUCUCUCUAAGGCAGAGAGGCUGGCAGAUAACCCCCCACGCUACUCUUAUAAUCGAUAAGGCUAUAUUCAUAUCAUCCUGUACAUAUAUAUCCACACACUUCAUCGUCAUCGCUCUCACCACUCGGAUCUCAUUAUCCAGAUGAAUUAUCCAGUUGUAGGAUAGGGUAACUAGGGAUACCUCAGGAAGUUACUGAUUGUUAUGAAGCAUGAUCCUUGCAUGAUGCCUUGGCUGAUAUGCUGGAGUCAUGCGUACUUGGCCAUGCUACACUCAAAGAAGCCGAAAGUUGUAUGGUUCGAGGCGGCUGUGAUAUGUAUCAUAUAUUUUUGUAUGUGUAGAAUGUACACUAUAUCUGUUUCCUGACUGCUAAUAUCUAGUCUCUUUAUAAAAUAAAAUGAAUGAUAUUACA